CGUUGUGUGUCGGAUUUUGAAGUAGUUCCUGAUCCCACCCCAUGGAUGGUGGCGACGCCGAGGCGCCGCUGGUGGCGGGCAACGGCAGCGGGGAGAAGGACCUCGACGCCGCCCUCCACUGCCUCGAGGGCUUCCUCUCCCUGCUCGGCUUCCCUGACUCCUCCUCCCGCGCCCGCCUCGCCGCCUCCUGCGUCGCGUUCCUCCUCCUCGGCGUCGCCGUCCCCUCCGCCGCCAUCUGCCUCUCCCGGUGCUCGCGGCCGGGCUGCGGUGAGUACGAGGUGCAGCAGUUCGAGCUGUGCGUCCUCGUGUCAGAGGCCUCCCUGGCCGCCGUCUCCCUAGCUUGCAUCUCGCGGAACCUCCUCAAGUACGGGAUCCGGAGGUUCCUCUUUGUGGAUCAGCAUCAUGGCCAGGUUGAGAGAUUCCAAAAGGAGUAUGUUUGCAAGAUCCAGGAGUUGUUUCGUUUGCUACUUUGGUGGAUACUACCCUGCUUCCUUGUGAUGACUGCCCGUGAAAUUGUCCGCUUUAUAUACAUCUUCCGUGAGUCCGCAUGGACAUCUGUUAUGGUUUUGGUAGCUUCAAUACUGUCAUGGGUUUAUAUGACAGUAAUUCUUUUAUCAGCUUGUUUGUUGUUCAAUCUAGUGUGUAAUUUGCAAAUUAUUCACUUUGAAGACUAUGGUAAACUUCUGGAAAGAGAUGUAGAUGCUUUGACAUGUUUGGAGGAACAUCUGCGCUUACGUUAUUAUCUUUCCAAAAUCAGCCACAGAUUCCGCAUAUUCCUCCUCCUACUCUUCUUAUUUGUCACAGUAAGUCAAUUUGUCACCCUUUUUCAGACCACUGGAUACAAUGGAAAGAUCAAUUUCGCUAAUGCCGGAGGUUUAGCAGUGUCAUCAGUUGUUCAAGUUGUUGUUGUGGUUCUUUGCUUAAAUGCAGCUUCUAAAAUUUCCCAUAGGGCUCAAGGGAUUGCAUCAUUAGCCAGUAGAUGGCAUGCUUAUGUAACAUGCUGCUCUACUGGUUGUCAAAUGCGUGCUACGAAUAGCUCAGGGAAUUUGGAGGCUAUUUCGGCAAGUUCCUCAUUAAUGGAUUUUUCAGAAAGUGAUUUGGAAUCAUUCGAAAAUGUGGCAAUGCAAAAUAAUGUGCAGUUAGCUUCUCUCAUAUCCUCAUAUCACAAGCGGCAAGCCCUUGUUAUUUACCUACAGUCGAAUCCUGGGGGCAUUACAAUUUUUGGAUGGACAGUGGACCGGACGUUGCUCAACACCAUUUUCUUCCUCGAGUUGACGCUAGUGCUUUUCGUGCUCAGUAAAACUAUUGUCUUGCCUUCCAUGUGACCUUCCAUCGACGGAAUCCCCAAGUUUUGUCCCAAUUUAUGCACCCACAUAGCUCACGUAAGGUAAUAAUAUUCAUGAAUAAGUUCCAUGGCCGAUGUUAUUUCAUAUAUCUUUUCAUGGAUACUAAGAUGAGGCUACAAUUUGCAAGGAAGAGCAUGUCAUACUGUCAGCCUUGAUAUAAAGCACCGAUUGACCUGAGAUAAUGUGAUCCUUUUGGUUCAGAGUGAAUUAUGUAUGUACAAUCAUCCUCUUUUUUUUUUUUUUUUUUGAGAAUUCAACUGAAUUUAAAUGCAUGUACAAAGUUCUUUGUAAAAUUUUCUUCCCUUGUUCACAAUCACAUAAUGAAAGGCUCCUGAAAUACUUGGCUUGAUCUAAAUAGAUUGUAGUGUUUUUUGGUAA